AUGGUCUCCGCCAAACUUUUACCGUUCCUUCGCAAAGCAUGCCCUUUAGGCGCCUCGAUUACCGUCCUUGUGACGAUGGUAACCUGCGUUAUCAUCGUCAAGGCGAAUAACAUUUGGGUUAGCGGUCUUGCGUGGCCAUUUCUUUCGGACAUGGGGCGAGACGUCCCAGCUUACUACGUGUUCUGCACAGGGCUUUCGAUCGUCGCCAUGCUGCUCGUUGUCACAUGGACUUUUAAUUGGCACUACCACAUUUCGGCACUGCCGCAGGAUGCCACUGUCCUUCGUGCGAUUUCCCGGGUCAGUUGUGUUGCUGGUGUCCUGGCUAACCCGGGUCUUCCUAUUCUGGCUUUCUUCGACACUUCGAAGUACGCCGGACUCCAUUCUGCGGGCGCCGAGUGGUUUUUUUACAUUGAGACCCUCGCGAUCCUUCUGAACACUAUCAUCAGCUACAAGCUGUACAAGAUGCUGACAGGUUUGCAGAUUGACCUGGAAAACGCGUGCUCCACCACGCGCGUCAAGCUUCAGAGGAGGAAAAAUACACUGAUGAUCCAAGUGCUUUUUUUCGCGCUGUUUUUCGUGGCAUUCCUCAUCUACAUGCCGAUCGGAAAAGCAUUGAUUCCAGAGUAUAAUCGCCUUUCUAUUGACGACUGCAUUAACAAGGGUCUAGGAGAGACGUAUUGUGAGGUAACAAUGCGUCUUAAUUCGACAACAACCACGCUGUAUGACAAUGAAAAAACGUACGGUAUAAGCCAAAUGCGGGCUGCCGCCCAGCUUGCUUGCAUCCUAACGCUCGUGGGAUAUUCGACUUCUUUUAUCAGUAACGACUACGAUAACUCGGAGGGAUCGGUAUUCACCCCGGACAACAAGAUUUCCGUGCUGCAUUAG